AUGGGUAUGCUGACGCCAACAUUGAAACCGAAUCAGACAGCGAUCUGCGGACAAGAGUUCAAUGCAUCAAUUCCCGCCGCGCCAAGCGUCUAUGUCCCGUACACAUUCUGCAAAGCCAAAUGCGACGGACCUGGGAUUUCUCAAUUUGCGAAGCCUAGCGCGUGGGCUGCACCAAUUGUCCAGUUCAUCCUGCCCGCCGUGAUCUUCAGCACGACUAUACCCAGGAGGCUGAAGCUUGGCUUCAAAAGCCAAAUCGCGACCACACCAGGCCGUGGUCAAACGGCGAAGAGAUGGCUUACAUUCAUCAGUACCCCCUUCAAAGGUCCGAUACGGCUCUUCCUCGUGGUAGCAGAUAACGUUUUCUGGAUUGCUGCCAUUCUGAUGAUGGCGGGACCUAUGAUGCUGAGCGGCGUGUACGAAGCCGUGCUGGAUUUGAAAAUUCUGGCUGUUCUGGACAGCGACCCCGGACAGAAUUUCGACGAAGCGACCGUGGUCGAACUGCUUCUUACGGUUGUGGCCGGCAACCUCCACAGAUCUGCGCAGAUUGACCCUUUGGCAGAUAUUCAACAAGCAAUACGAACCAGCGUAACCGCUGAAGCCAAGAGAGCUCGUCUGCUCGGACUCGUCGACUCCCAAAUGCCAUAUGGAGCCAUCGUUGGCGCCCCGGUUGCAUUUUACAUCGGGAACUUUGUCUACACCAUUCUGGACCUGAAAAACAAGCCGAGCGAUCAGGAUGCGGCUAUAUCCCUCGCGUUUGGAGUCGAGUGGAUGAUAAUUGUCCACGUCGCGAUUAUUGGAUCGUGUGUACUGGCCACGAACAACCCAAGCACAUCCUCCGUGCUGUCAGGCCGCGGAAAUCCUCGAAUCGCCAUCCGGAGGGCCACGACGACGCAAAAUCUUGCGGGCCAGCUGCCGCCGGGCUUGUGGACGAGGAUACGAACAGGCGACUUGCCUUUCUUGGUCGACAUGUAUGAUAACCGCUAUCAACCAGUGACCAUGUGGUCCAGAGGCAACAACAAGGAAGAAUGGGUUCGGAAUUCAGCCGCGUACCGUGUACAACUCCGGGACAACCGAAGACUUAUGGUGGGAUGGAUGGCCAAGAUCAGCAUCCUCUUCGUCACUGCGGUCCUGAUCAAUCUGCCACUCAUUGCUGGUGCCGUGGUGGCCUGGAGAACCCCCCCAGUAGGAUGGGGUUGUCGGUCGCUCUCCUUCAUUUGCUAUGCAGGCGUCCAACUUUUGGUCACAAUGCUUUUCAUCGUUUUGCACAAGGUUCCAACACCCAACGAGGUCGUCCGAGGAGCUGGUCCAGCGAAAGGUCUCAAGAGGUAUCUUGGAGCCGGUUGGUAUCUCAUCAAGGUGUUUUGGUGCGGCAUGGCAUACGCUGUCUUUGGCGUAAGCCUUCUGCUGUCUCUCUUUGUGGCUUUGGGUGGCACGUUGAUGCAGGUCGUGGGCAUCUACCGAAACUGUUUCUGCUACGUCAAUGCUCCCGAAUGGUACAACACCGACCGGGCGUACGUCCAGGUCGCCUCCGACACCCAGGAACAACGCGACUCCAGCCACAAUUGGAUCAUCUUUGGGGGCAUUGCCACGUUGUUCAUGGCUGCUUGUUGCCUGGUUGGCUGGUGGUAUCAGGCACGCGUCCGUCGCCGGUACAAAAGAAUCGUCAAUAGCCGACUCGUGUGA